AUGGGGUGCUUUGUACAUCUAGAGUUUCGGCCAAGUGGGGAUGGGGUGCUUGUACAUCUAGAGUUUCGGCCAAGUGAGACUGGGGUGCUUGGUCACAUCAAGGUCCUGUACAUGGGUUUGGUAGGAAACAUUGUACACUUCAUCUACAUUUCGUGUCUCAUCGGUCCCUGGAUGGUGCUGCCAUUUGAGCUCGUGCAAGGUUUGACACAUGCCGCAGUGUGGGCAACGACUUGCUUCUACGUGAUGCAGGCCAUUCCAUUGACGUUACGUUCCUCGACCCAAGGAAUCCUACAGGGCCUUCACCACGGGCUUGGGAGGGGAUGCGGAGCAGUCUUUGGCGGUAUGCUCGUAUACGGCUAUGGCAGUGAAAUAACUUUCCGCGCCUAUGGAAUCACGUUUAUAUUCGUCCUGAUUGCUUUCAUCGGGGUCGGCGUGUAUCUCCGUCGUCAAGGCGUCUCCAUGGAGAGUCACAUUCCUCACAAGACUCUCGAGGACCAGGCGAUGACCUUUAACCCGCAUGGCGUGCCUUCCGGUAUGGCACGUGACCUCUCCAGCAACAAACUUAAACAGCUAGAUGAGCCAGUAAAAAGCUAUGGGUCAACCCUUGGAUCCGAUUUGAAAAGCGAUGAAGGCACUCAGCCUGCAGAACAGCCGGUGGAGGACUUUAAUCCUCGUGCUGAUUAUGGCUACGAGUAUAACGCCAAGGUGGAAAAGGUGAAGGCAAUCGAUCCUCGCAAUGCCGAUACACGCACCGAGGACUCCAUCAACCAUAAAAGAGGACGGACGGAGAAACAAGUAGAUGACACCGACGGAUUUGGUCGUCAAAACAAGAAACGUGAUGAUCGCCAACCGCUGACGUCAGAACGUGACGUCACAGAUAACCAACCCGAAGUGAAAUCCGAGAUUGAGCCACAUCACGCGAGAACGCAUGAAGCUCCACGACGUCACAGUCUUGAACACUCGGAACCGCGAACGGAGCGUCGGGAGCGACGGAGGCGCCAAAGUGGCGAUAUAGAAGGUCUGCGAGAACGAGAGGAUUACUCGGGUCAAAGAGAAUCGCGUCGCUAUGGAGACGAGCAUCGUGACACCGGGCACCACGAGUCCCGUGGCCACCAUGGUGGGAAGCGUCACAGCAGACAGAGGCAAUCCAUGGAGUCUCAACCAUUUGAAGAUUUUGACCCUAAUCCAAGGGAGAAGAUUGUGUUCGAACAACUGCCGGACAUCACGUCACGUCCACAACGUCGACGUUAUUCACGCGACGAGGAGUAUGAAAAUCGCCAAAAUGACCCGUAUGGACAAUAUUAACGAUAGAGAAAUUAGGAAUAUUGUAAUUAAAUGAGUAUUACACAUGCUUCGUAGAACUGUACUAAACGCAUAGUAUGUUCUGUCGGAUUACGCACUAUGAAUGUUCCA